GGCAGGUUUCUGGGAUCGAAAAGCAAGGCUGGGAUUCUCACGAUCCCCGUUCCCACCGUGUUACAAGCGCACCUGAGUCUGACCAUCACGUUUGGAAUGGAUGCCAAGGCUGGAAUCGACGACAACAAAGGAGACGAUGCUGUCCAUUCUACCAACUUCGGCAGCUAGGCCCUCCACCUGCCAAUCGGCCAGAGACGGGAUUCCGAGCAGUGGGUCGGCAGAAAGGCCCGAAAACCCAAAGUCAUGCGGCAGGAAGCUGAAGCUGAAGGUGUCGAGGGGCGCUCUGGCCAAGGCGCGGCGAUCCAAGGGUGGAAGAUCGGGCUCUUCGUGGAACAGCCUCAACUCAAGCUCCGAACCGAUUCUCGAGAAACGCAACAGCAGACAGCCCCUCACAACCCUUUUGCAGCCGAGUCAACGCAGUGGCAGCGGAAUGCACCUUGACAAGACCCGGUCUACUACCGCAAAGAGAGCAGCGCAGGACGAGUUUCUCGCCUUACUUUUCACCGACAUCGACCACAUGAAUGGCAAAGCCCUCCGUCGGCUGAAGAAGCGCUUCCCGGAUCUCGAGGCCAGGCUGACGGAGGUUCGCUUGCUUCAGCCGGAGCGCCCAAUCACCGCUGGGAAUCUCAAGGCCGAAGAAACACGGGGUGUUGCCGAGACGAAGAGAACACGCCGGCGUCAUCCCGGGAGAUUCCCAGGCCGUCUGGUGAAGUGGAUUGGGAGGGCCAGACAAGCGGUGACCCGGACUCGACGAGCCCAGGGCGGUGUUGAAUAAAUGAGCCCAGGAGUCGGUGGUAUCGCCAGGGGACAUCGCGGUUGGCCACUGUCCUUGUGAGAAGCUGACUUCGUUGUUGUUCCGUUGUCUCUCGAAGUCCUUUGAAGUCUCUUCUUGUCGGAUACAAGGUUGGACGGGCGCUUAGGAUCUCCGGACCUGGGUUGUGGGAUGCUCCCCAUGGAAACUCUUGGGGGUGCCGCAUU